AACACUUCAGAAUGGACGUCCAAAUUUAUGCCCUGGUGAUGCUCUUUCUGACCCGUGCGGAGCGCAGCCUAGGCUCCUGUGUGGUGGACAGCUUCACAGUCAAAGAGGACUUUGACCCACAAAGAUAUGCAGGGAAGUGGUACGCCCUGCAGAAGAAGGACCCUGAGGGUUUGUUCCUGCAGGAUAACAUCUCUGCUGAAUACACUGUUGGUGAUGAUGGAGCCAUGGUGGCUUCAUCCAGAGGCAGAGUCACUAUUUUUGGAUUCUGGGUUGUUUGUGCCGACAUGGCUGCUCAGUACACGGUGCCUGACCCCAGCACCCCUGGCAAAAUGUUCAUGAACUAUCAGGGCCUGGCCAGCUACUUGUCCAGUGGCGGUGACAACUACUGGGUCAUUGACACAGACUACGACAACUACGCCAUCACCUACGCCUGCCGCACCCUGAAGGAUGAUGGAAGCUGUGAGGAUGGCUACGCCCUGGUCUUCUCCCGGAACCCCCGUGGCCUCCCGCCUGCCAUCCAGAGGAUCGUCCGCCAAAAACAGGACGAAAUCUGCAUGGCUGGACAGUUCCAGCCCGUGCUACAAUCUGGAGCGUGUCCAGCAUAAACCAGAGUCACCGAGCAAACCUUCAAAAA